CCACCUUUAAAGUAUUCCGCAUAUUUCUCGGCAAUAUUCCAUUCUUCCUCUUGUCUGGUUGUGAACUGAAAACGUUGAGUACACUUUUGAAUGACUGAUGUGGAUGUGUUCACCAUGCAAAGCUUGGCUUUGGCUUUUAACCAUGCAUGAUUUAGAAGAGAAGUAUCCUCUUACUCAUACAUGGCUAGCCAGUAGCUUUUGAACUUAUAAAGCUAGCUAUAAUCGUUCAACACUUCGUAAAGUUACGUUUAAAAUUGCUGCUCAGCUCUUGACUUCAGUCAAAUGUAGCAUGCUUAAUUAAUAUUACACCCAUUGCAAACCGAUAUGUUAUGGACACCUUACGUUAUUUGUUGUUCCCAACAUCCUACUGUCUCUUGUCUUUGCAGAUGCAGCAGUGCACAGUAGUCAGUGCAUCCGGCGAUCGUGUCCCACUAGCGGAUGGCCGAGCCGUGAUCCUAGGUCGUGGUCCAGAGACUGGAGUUGUUGACAAGAAGUGCUCCCGACACCAGGGUAAGAGGACUAGCUAGCUAACGUUAGAAUCAUAUCAAUGGCUAUGUUCUAAUUAUUUAUCUUUCCUCCCAAAGUGUGCACUUGUUCACUUUCCUUCAUGGAUUUAAAUAUAAAUGAAAGAUAUAUGGAAACUCCCUCUAGUCCAUGCUUACACCAAUUCAAUGAUUUUAAAUGUGAGAAGAGUAGUGAAUGAGUGUAGGCUUCAGGAGAAAGGAGAGAUUAUUGGGAUGCAUAUUUCUGUCUGCAUAAUUUGAAAUGCGGUGUCUGGUGGGAUUACUCCAGCCAGCUAUCUAAACUGCACAACUAUCUAAAAUGUGUCAUAUUCCUUCUAGUGAAGCUGGUGGCCUGUUAUGCAGACAAGGAGGUACUUGUAACACAGGUAUGAAAUUAUUACAUUGUGCCUGUUGUUGAGGCCAACACUCUUAUCUUAGUUUUACACUACUGCUUAACCUGUCUGUAACUGUUGUCAAAGUAACAAUAGUUUUCCUCUUCAGCUUGGUCCAAACCCCUCUUCCUUGGGCAGUGAGAGUCUUGGUAGAGGCCAGUCUGGCAGACUGACCCAUGACAGCACCCUCUACCUGGUCAACCAGAGCCACCCCUUCAGAGUGCAGUUCUCUGCUUCCAACAAAACCUCCUCAUCCUCUGCCCAGAAGGGGAAGGCUGUAGAAAGGUUGAAAGCGUCGGAUAAGACAAAAGGCGGAAAGAACGACAGAGGGAGGGAGAUUCAGAGCACAGGUCCCAAACGCAGCAUCAAAUACUUUUUUGCUUCCUCUCCCAAGAAGGUAUGAGAACAGGUUCAUCUUUAACCAAGAAAAUGGCAUGCAUUUUAAUUUGUCUAGCAAUAUUUUGAGUAACCAAAAGGACUGAACGUAUCAUUUCAACUUUCAAAAUACACCAUGUUUUCUCAAUGCCAACCUCAAUUUACGUGAAAUUUCAUUUGACCGUACCAUACCAUGAUUGCAUUUUUGUUUUUCACGCAGGCAUCCAAGAGGCCGCACAGUUCUGAGGAGGACCUGCAGGAGAAGUGUCGGAGGACUGCGGGCUCAGACAGUGGGGGCGAGGACGAGGAUGAAAAGCUUGCUGAGGAGAAGCUCCGACAGCUCCAGGAGAUGUCAGAGAGGGCUUCAGGGGCUAGCAGAGACAGUGUCCAGCAGCAGGUCUCAGCUUGUUCUCAAAGCCACUGGCAGGAGAUAGGAAACCUCAUGCUCUUCACUGCUGCUGGCGUCACUGGAAGCACCAAGGUAAGAGCUAACUAGGUAAUUCUGUAAAACUCAAUAUUUGAUUUAAGCCAAUGAGUCUGUGUGUUAUGUUUGAAUGAGAUGAUGAAUAGAAUAUAACUUUAUUGUCCAUCCAAGGAUGAAAAAUGUUUAGGCCUACAUUUGAGCACUUUGGACAUAUUGUUGCCACCAACAAUCUAAUUGUGUCGAAGUUCGCCUUCUACCAAGCAGUACAAACACAAUUACUUUUAGUAACAUCAUGUUUAAAGCCGACCCAUCUUUCUUCCUGGCCCAGAUUGCUGGAUUCGACAUUGACGGCUGUAUCAUCACCACCAAUUCUGGCAAAGUGUUUCCCACCAGCCCAGAUGACUGGAGGUCAGUCAGUGUGCUGUUCUGUCAAGUUCUGGCUUUGCAUACGGCCUCCUCUCGCUUUGCUCUCUCCUCAACUCUCUUCUUCAUCUCUUGACUUGAGUCAUUUCCUUGCCUUUAUUUGAUCUCUAAUCUCCUUUACAGGAUUCUCUUUCCUGAGAUCCAACCCAGACUGGCCAGCUUAUUAAAGAAAGGCUACAAGGUAGAAGCAAACAUACAGUGCCUUGCAAAAGUAUUCAUCCCCCUUGGCGUUUUUCCUAUUUUGUUGCAUUACAACCUGUAAUUUAAAUGGAUUUCAUGUAAUGGACAUACACAGUCAAAAUUGGUGAAGUGAAAUGAAAAAAAUAACUUGUUAAAAAAAAUUCAAAAAGAUAAAUAAUGGAAAAGUGGUGCUUGCAUAUGUAUUCACCCCCUUUGCUAUGAAGCCCCUAAAUAAGAUUUGGUGUAGCCAAUUACCUUCAGAAGUCACAUAAUUAGUUAAAUAAAGUCUCAUGAUCUGUCACAUGAUCUCAGUAUAUAUACACCUGUUCUGAAAGGCCCCAGAGUCUGCAACACCAUUAAGCAAGGAGCACCACCAAGCAAGCGGCACCAUGAAGACCAAGGAGCUCUCCAAACAGGUCAGGGACAAAGUUGUGGAGAAGUACAGAUCACGGUUGGGUUAUAAAAAAAUAUAUGAAACUUUGAACAUCCCACAGAGCUCCAUGAAAUCCAUUAUUUAAAAAAUUGAAAGAGUAUGGCACCAUAACAAACCUGCCAAGAGAGGGCCGCCCACCAAAACUCAUGGACCAGGCAAGGAGGGCAUUAAUCAGAGAGGCAACAAAGAGACCAAAGAUAACCCUGAAGGAGCUGCAAAGCUCCACAGCGGAGAUUGGAGUAUCUGUCCAUAGGAUCACUUUAAGCUGUACACUCCACAGAGCUGGGCUUUACAGAAGAGUGGCCAGAAAAAAGCCAUUGCUUCAAGAAAGAAAUAAGCAAACACGUUUGGUGUUCGCCAAAAGGCAUGUGGGAGACUCCCCAAACAUAUGGAAGAAGGUACUCUGGUCAGAUGAGAUUAAAAUUGAGUUUUUUGGCCAUCAAGGAAAACGAGAACACCAUCUCCACAGUGAAGCACGGUGGUGGCAGCAUCAUUUUUCAUCAGCAGGGACUGGGAAACUGGUCAGAAUUGAAGGAAUGAUGGGAUGGCGCUACAGUGAGGGGAAAAAAGUAUUUGAUCCCCUGCUGAUUUUGUACGUUUGCCCACUGACAGAGAAAUGAUCAGUCUAUAAUUUUAAUGGUAGGUUUAUUUGAACAGUGAGAGACAGAAUAACAACACAAAAAUCCAGAAAAACGCAUGUCAAAUGUUAUAAAUUGAUUUGCAUUUUAAUGAGGGAAAUAAGUAUUUGACCCCCUCUCAAUCCGAAAGAUUUCUGGCUCCCAGGUGUCUUUUAUACAGGUAAUGAGCUGAGAUUAGGAGCACACUCUUAAAGGGAGUGCUCCUAAUCUCAGUUUGUUACCUGUAUAAAAGACACCUGUCCACAGAAGCAAUCAAUCAAUCAGAUUCCAAACUCUCCACCAUGGCCAAGACCAAAGAGCUCUCCAAGGAUGUCAGGGACAAGAUUGUAGACCUACACAAGGCUGGAAUGGGCUACAAGACCAUCGCCAAGCAGCUUGGUGAGAAGGUGACAACAGUUGGUGCGAUUAUUCGCAAAUGGAAGAAACACAAAAGACCUGUCAAUCUCCCUCGGCCUGGGGCUCCAUGCAAGAUCUCACCUCGUGGAGUUGCAAUGAUCAUGAGAACGGUGAGGAAUCAGCCCAGAACUACACGGGAGGAUCUUGUCAAUGAUCUCAAGGCAGCUGGGACCAUAGUCACCAAGAAAACAAUUGGUAACACACUACGCCGUGAAGGACUGAAAUCCUGCAGCACCUGCAAGGUCCCCCUGCUCAAGAAAGCACAUAUACAGGCCCGUCUGAAGUUUGCCAAUGAACAUCUGAAUGAUUCAGAGGAGAACUGGUUGAAAAUGUUGUGGUCAGAUGAGACCAAAAUUGAGCUCUUUGGCAUCAACUCAACUCGCCGUGUUUGGAGGAGGAGGAAUGCUGCCUAUGACCCCCAAGAACACCAUCCCCACCGUCAAACAUGGAGGUGGAAACAUUAUGCUUUGGGGGUGUUUUUCUGCUAAGGGGACAGGACAACUUCACUGCAUCAAAGGGAAGAUGGACGGCGCCAUGUACCAUCACAUUUUGGGUGAGAACCUCCUUCCCUCAGCCAGGGCAUUGAAAAUGGGUCGUGGAUGGGUAUUCCAGCAUGACAAUGACCCAAAACACACGGCCAAGGCAACAAAGGAGUGGCUCAAGAAGAAGCACAUUAAGGUCCUGGAGUGGCCUAGCCAGUCUCCAGACCUUAAUCCCAUAGAAAAUAUGUGGAGGGAGCUGAAGGUUCGAGUUGCCAAACAUCAGGCUCGAAACCUUAAUGACUUGGAGAAGAUCGGCAAAGAGGAGUGGGACAAAAUCCCUCCUGAGAUGUGUGCAAACCUGGUGGCCACAUACAGGAAACGACUGACCUCUGUGAUUGCCAACAAGGGUUUUGCCACCAAGUACUAAGUCAUGUUUUGCAGAUGGGUCAAAUACCUCUUUCCCUCAUUAAAAUGCAAAUCAAUUUAUAACAUUUUUGACAUGCGUUUUUCUGGAUUUUGUUGUUGUUAUUCUGUCUCUCACUGUUCAAAUAAACCUAGCAUUAAAAUUAUAGACUGAUCAUGUCUUUGUCAGUGGGCAAACGUACAAAAUCAGCAGGAGAUCAAAUACUUUUUUCCCUCACUGUAAAUACAGGGAAAUUCUUGAGGGAAACCUGUUUCAGUCUUCCAGAUAUUUGAGACUGGGAAGGAGGUUCACAUUCCAGCAGGAAAAUGACCCCAAGCAUACUGCUAAAGCAACACUCGAGUGGUUUAAGGGGAAACAUUUAAAUGUCUUGGAAUGGCCUAGUCAAAGCCCAGACCUCAAUCCAAUUGAGAAACUGUGGUAUGACUUAGAGAUUGCUGUACACCAGUGGAACCCAUCCAAUUUGAAGGAGCUGGAGCAGUUUUGCAUUGAAGAAUGGGCAAAAAUCCUAGUGGCUAGAUGUGCCAAGCUUAUAGAGACAUACCCCAAGAGACUUGCAGCUGUAAUUGCUGCAAAAGGUGGCUCUACAAAGUAUUGACUUUGGGGGGGUGAAUAGUUAUGCACGCUCAAGUUUUCAGUUUUUUUGUCUUAUUUCUUGUUUGUUUCACAAAAAAUAUUUUGCAUCUUCAAAGUGGUAGGCAUGUUGUGUAAAUCAAAUGAAACAAACCCCCCCCAAAAUCAAUUUUAAUUCCAGGUUUUAAGGCAACAAAAUAGGAAAAAUGCCAAGGGGGGUGAAUACUUUCGCAAGCCACUGUAAAUGUAUUGUCAAGCAUGGACACUGCAAAGCUGUUUUAUGAUACCUAUUUCUUAUCCAUCCCUUUAAUGGUAUAUGUGGCUAGAUGAAUAGCUAAUGAUGUCUCUGUUGCCCCUCCCAGGUUGUGUUCUUCACCAAUCAGAUGGGUAUCUCUAGGGGGAAACUGAAACCUGAGGAUUUCAGGUCUAAAGUGGAGAACAUUCUGAAGAAAUUACAGCUCCCCGUACAGGUUAGUCAACAAACAUUUACACACAAAGAUGGAGCUUGAAAGCAGAUACACUAUUUUAUCUAUGUGUUUGUCAGUGUUUUAUUGUGUGUAAUUCAGAUGUUGACACCUCUAACUGUGUGUGUGUGUGUGUGUGUGUCUCAGGUCUUUGUGGCGUCUGGUCCUGGGAUCUACAGGAAGCCAGUGAUGGGGAUGUGGGAGCACCUGUGUGAGAAGGUGAGACCAUAAGGCACGCAUCAUAUCAGACAUUGUGAAUAGGGAUUACAGGUAGACGACGAUUGUAUCCUUCUACAAACCACCACAACACGGGUGUGUCGCAAAAGGUUCACAAAACCAGCUCCCUUUAGCAUUGUCUAGUUGUUUGUCAUCCACUCAGACCACAUUACCCUGGUGAGUCAUGACAUAGACCAGUCACUGCUUCAACAUUUACAUUACAUUUGAGUAAUUUAGCAGACACUCUUAUCCAGAGCAACUUACAGUAGUGAGUGAGUACAUUUUCAUACUUCAACAAGGGCAUGGUGUGGGAAAUAAAUAGAAUGGAAUAGAAUCCAAAUAUCAGCUUAGAAUACAAUAGAAAUAUUAGGAUAGAAUAGAAAAGUACUUUAAUUUGUCCAUCUGCUUCCAGCUAGAAAUUUAUUUUUCCCUGCUCCCAACCCCCCAAACAACAAACAUACAAACAUGGUCCAACAUGUUUUUCCUCUCUCAGGCAAAUGGCGGUGUGGCUGUAGACAAGAGCCAGAGUCUCUAUGUGGGAGGUGAGUCAACAACAACAUAACACCCCAUAGCAACAUAACGUCUUCCUCUUACUUAGCCUAUUCUUAUCCUGACUCUUGUAAGUGAUGUGCUGCUUAUGAUCACGUUUGAUUAACUUGUACUCGCCCUCCAGCAGCUAAGAGCCUGAUACCUUUCUCUCUCCUCUGCCACAGAUGCAGCGGGACGCCCUGUUAACUGGGCUCCUGGCAAGAAGAAGAAGGACUUCUCCAGCAGUGACCGACUGGUGAGAGGAUCUGUACUAACCUCUAGAUCAAUCUGUUCACCCGUCCACCAGUCUGUCUUGAUUUCUAAGAAAUUUCACAGAAAAGUGUCCCAAAUAGUGGGUUGAAAUGAGGAAUUUGAAUAUGAUAAAACAUCAGUAGAGACAAAUCAGCAGAGAAAAGUGUUCUGUGUCCACUGACUGUAUGAAAUGUCAUUCUUGCUAUGGUGUACGUACACUUUAUGACCAGGUGUUGUACAGGCAUGCAUUGCAAAUCUUAAUAAUGCCUUACUGUCACUGAUACACCCUAUCUCUCUCUCUCUCUCUGGGGACUAGUUUGCUCUGAACCUUGGCCUGCAGUUCCAAACUCCAGAGGAGUUCUUCCUGGGCUGGAAGAGCGCCCCCUUCAGUCUUCCUCCAUUUGACCCUGUGUGUAACCUGGUGGAUAUCUGUGGUAUUCUGUCUGCACAGAAUACGUAUGUGAAGCUUUUUCAAGCCUCUGUAUGUAUGUGUGUGCAUGGACUCAUCUGACUGUGUGUGUCUCUCUCCAGAGGAAAUGUGACUCCAACGCCCGUCUGUAUGACCCGCCCAGUGCCUCCCUCACCUCCACCAAGCAGGAAGUCAUCAUUGCUGUGGGUUUCCCUGCUUGUAAGUGGACGUGUAUUCCUUCUUUUAUCCCCAUCCUCCCCGUCUUCCUCUCUCUUUACUGACGACUAUCUCCCUUUUUUUUUUUAUCUAGCCGGGAAAUCAACCUUUUUCCACACACACAUCGUCCCCAAAGGUUACGUGUACGUGAACAGGGUGAGUGGAUCAGUGUGCUGUUGGCUCUUAACAUACACACGCAUAUACACACACUGACCUGACCUGACCUGUGUUUGUCAGGACACCCUGGGCUCGUGGCAGAGCUGUGUAUCGGCCUGUGAGCGGGCUCUGAAGGAGGGCCGCAGCGUUGUGGUGGAUAACACCAACCCAGACCCUGAGUCUCGCAAACGGUACCUGUCUCUGUGCUCCUACUAGUGUGUGGAGCUCUUUUGGUUGCAAUUCAUGAACAACCUAAACCACAUACAUAUCAGAUUGUGGUAAAUCCGCUACAUGCAUGAACCAAACCAGAGAUCUUUGAUUGAGUGUGUUUGUAGGGAAUAACAUGUAACUUCUAUACAUUGUCCCGCUCCAGGUAUAUUGAUGUCAGCCAGAGUUUGGGGGUGUCCUGUCGCUGCUUCAACUUCUCUGCCUCCCUAGAGCAGGCCAAGCACAACAACAGAGUAGGUCUCCUCUUUACCUCUACUGAACUGUGUAUACCAGACUACACAUGAUUAAUUCUUCAGCAGUUCAGUGUAGAGGGUGACGUGAACUUGGGACCUGAUCGUACACACAGUAUAGGCCAACCUGGGACUUAAACUACAACAUCUGGUUCAAUGUUCAAUUCUUAAACCUUAUAAUGUACAGGCCAUGGGAGACACCCAGUUCAAUAUAGGCUCUGAGGUGAUGCCUUGAUGCAGAGUGUUGUUCAUUAUUGGGCUCUUCCUGUGCUUUACAGUUCCGUGAGAUGGCCCCCUCCACCACUAAGCACCUCAAAGUCAAUGACAUGAUCUUCCACAGUUACAAGUAAGUGACAUUGGAUAUUAUCAAGGGACUUCAAAGCAUCAUAUUCUCAAAGUAGGGAUUCACUGGCCUCUACAUUGGGUUGAAAGGAUCAGAGCACACUAAUAUUGUGUUUACACAGUCAGCCCAAUUCUGAUCUAUUGCCCAAUAAUUGGCAAAAGAGCUGAUCUGAUUGGUCAAAAGACCAAUUAGUGGAAAAAAAUCAGAAUUGGGUUACCUGUAUAAACGCAGCAUAUAUGUACAGUGAGGGAAAAAAUUAUUUGAUCCCCUGCUGAUUUUGUACGUUUGCCCACUGACAAAGACAUGAUCAGUCUAUAAUUUUAAUGGUAGGUUUAUUUGAACAGUGAGAGACAGAAUAACAGCAAAAAAAUCCAGAAAAACGCAUGUCAAAAAUGUUAUAAAUUGAUUUGCAUUUUAAUCAGGGAAAUAAGUAUUUGACCCCCUCUCAAUCAGAAAGAUUUCUGGCUCCCAGGUGACUUUUAUACAGGUAACGAGCUGAGAUUAGGAGCACACUCUUAACGGGAGUGCUCCUAAUCUCAGUUUGUUAUCUGUAUAAAGGACACCUGUCCACAGAAGCAAUCAAUCAAUCAGAUUCCAAACUCUCCACCAUGGCCAAGACCAAAGAGCUCUCCAAGGAUGUCAGGGACAAGAAAGAUUGUAGACCUACACAAGGCUGGAAUGGGCUACAAUACCAUCGCCAAGCAGCUUGGUGAGAAGGUGACAACAGUUGGUGCGAUUAUUCGCAAAUGGAAGAAACACAAAAUAACUGUCAAUCUCCCUCGGCCUGGGGCUUCAUGCAAGAUCUCACCUCGUGGAGUUGCAAUGAUCAUGAGAACGGUGAGGAAUCAGCCCAGAACCACAUGGGAUGAUCUUGUCAAUGCUCUGAAGGCAGCUGGGACCAUAGUCACCAAGAAAACAAUUGGUAACACACUACGCCGUGAAGGACUGAAAUCCUGCAGCGCUCGCAAGGUCCCCAUGCUUAAGAAAGCACAUAUACAGGCCCGUCUGAAGUUUGCCAAUGAACAUCUGAAUGAUUCAGAGGAGAACUGGGUGAAAAUGUUGUGGUCAGAUGAGACCAAAAGCGAGCUCUUUGGCAUCAACUCAACUCGCCGUGUUUGGAGGAGGAGGAAUGCUGCCUAUGACCCCAAGAACACCAUCCCCACCGUCAAACAUGGAGGUGGAAACAUUAUGCUUUGGGGGUGUUCUUCUGCUAAGGGGACAGGACAACUUCACCGCAUCAAAGGGACGAUGGACGGGGCCAUGUACCGUCAAAUCCUGGGUGAGAACCUCCUUCCCUCAGCCAGGGCAAUGAAAGGUCGUGGAUGGGUAUUCCAGCAUUACAAUGACCCAAAACACACGGCCAAGGCAACAAAGGAGUGGCUCAAGAAGAAGCACAUUAAAGUCCUGGAGUGGCCUAGCCAGUCUCCAGACCUUAAUCCCAUAGAAAAUCUGUGGAGGGAGCUGAAGGUUCGAGUUGCCAAACGUCAGCCUCGAAACCUUAAUGACUUGGAGAAGAUCUGCAAAGAGGAGUGGAACAAAAUCCCUCCUGAGAUGUGUGCAAACCUGGUGGCCAACUACAAGAAACGUCUGACCUCUGUGAUUGCCAACAAGGGUUUUGCCACCAAGUACUAAGUCAUGUUUUGCAGAGGGGUCAAAUACUUAUUUCCCUCAUUAAAAUGCAAAUCAAUUUAUAACAUUUUUGACAUGCGUUUUUCUGGAUUUUUUUGUUGUUAUUCUGUCUCUCACUGUUCAAAUAAACCUAGCAUUAAAAUUAUAGACUGAUCAUGUCUUUGUCAGUGGACAAACAUACAAAAUCAGCAGGGGAUCAAAUACUUUUUUCCCUCACUGUAUGUCAUGUAAAAUAAAUGCAUGUCUGAAGGUAUUUGCCCACUCUGAACAGACUUUUUCUCUCCACACAGGAAGAAGUUUGUGGUGCCCAGUCUCUCGGAAGGCUUUUCAGAAAUCCUGCAAGUUCAUUUUGUCCCAACCUUUACAGACAGCCAAUCAGAGGCUCUCUUCAGGCAGUUCUCUGAAGGCUGAUUGGGUGGCUGGCAUUCUAACAAUAUUCUAACCUAAGAUUUGUCAGAUUGUUAUUGGUGCAGAGUCAUUUCAGGAAAAUAAUCUAGCAGUCCAACAUUUUUCUAUGCUGUGGCUGUAUGUAGACAAACUAUUUAGUUACCUGCUGCUAAUCAACAAAUCAUUGCUAUUGCACUACAUACAUUUGAAGGUACAGAUGUAUUAAAUGUAACCACAGCAGACAGAACACAUCAGUAUUUUUCUUUGAUUGGCUUGAGUUUCAUAUUUUCAUAUCAUGUUUUCUUGUCAGAUAUACAGUACUUGUUUCC